UUCAGCGGGAGCGCCGGGGGCGGCGCCGCUGCGAAGGAGGGGAAUCGUUGGGGGCCGGGGCGGAGAAAGGAGCGAGGGCUCUCUAGGAAUGUGAAGAGCGCUCGGCCCGUCCCUCCGGGAUCUUCGCGCUUUGGUUUCUGAAAUGAGGCGCUGGCGCUGCUGGGAGAGCCAGAAGAUGAGCUGCGGGGCUGCUCUGGGGAGAGGCGGUUGGCUGGGGGAUGAUGGAGGCUGGUGGAGGAGCUGGCUACAGCAAAGCCUUCAAGCCGUCAAAGAGAAGUCUACAGAGGCCUUGGAGUUCAUGAAGCGUGACCUGACAGAAUUCACCCAGGUGGUCCAACAUGAUACAGCCUGCACCAUUGCUGCUACUGCCAGUGUGGUCAAAGAGAAGCUGGCUACGGAAAGCUCUUCAGGGGCAACAGAAAAAGUGAGAAAAGGACUCUCCAACUUCCUGGGUGUUAUUUCAGACACAUUUGCACCCUCCCCAGAUAAGACCAUUGACUGUGAUGUCAUAACCCUGAUGGCAACUCCAUCUGGGACCACAGAGUUGUAUGACAGUGCCAAGGCUCGUCUCUAUAGCCUUCAGUCUGACCCCGCCACUUACUGCAAUGAACCUGAUGGACCCCCUGAGCUAUUUGAGGCUUGGCUUCUGCACUUCAGCUUGGAGGAGAAGAAAGGAGAGAUAUCAGAGUUGUUGGGGAACAGCCCUUCCAUCCGCUCCCUCUACUCCAAGAUGGUGCCCGUGGCUGUCUCCCACUUGGAAUUCUGGCAGCGCUACUUCUAUAAAGUCCACCAGUUGGAGCAGGAGGAGGUCCGGAGGGAGGCUCUGAAGCAGCGGGCAGAGCAAAGCGUUCACUCCGAGGAGCCAGGAUGGGAGGAGGAGGAGGAAGAAGAAUUUCUUGGAGCCGCCUCCUCACAAGCUCUCAUCCAUGCACCAUCUUCCCAACCUGCCAAGCCAGCUUCCCCCAUCUCUGCAGAAGAAGCUAUUCCAACGCUGGAGGCCUCUGUAGAAAGCUGGGCCAUGCUUAGCCCCACCCCAGCAGAGGCAACCCCAUCCGAAAGCAGCGAGAGCAUCUCCUUGGUGACUCAGAUUGCAAGCCCCACUGCUGUGCCUGCCUCCCCCUCACAAACUGGAGCCCGGCUUGCUGGAGCCGGGGACCUUUCUCAGAAGCUGCAGGAAGCCACCAGCGAUGAGCAGGUCUCUUUGCCUAAACCAGGGAGGCCUGCACAGCCUCCUCCAGAGACAAAGCCAUCCUCAGAGCAGCCUAAGGAGCGCAUGGAGGGCAAGUCAGCGAGCAGGAUGGACACUCUACGGGAGGAUGCGCCCAUGGACUUGCGACUUUUUGAGCUCAAUUCGGACAGUGGGAAGUCCACCCCAUCCAAUAAUGGGAAGAAAGGCUCAAGCACAGAUAUUAGUGAGGACUGGGAAAAGGACUUUGACCUGGACAUGACAGAAGAAGAAGUUCAGUUGGCCCUUGCCAAAGUAGACAUCUCUGCAGAGAUGGAAGAUGAAGAAUGGGAGGACUGGGAAUAACCAGGGCCAUCGCUGUCCAUGUGCAUCUUGGGCUCAUCCUUGCCCCUUCCCCCCUCUGCACCAUCCAAUGUGAAUUAAAUCACAGAGCACCUGGUUCCUUUCUCUUCUGUAAAAGUGUUUUGGGCUGGCUACAUCUCAUCUCUGCUCAAAUCCUACUUGGGAACUUGGACUACAACCCUUGCUCAGAUGCUGAUGGUGACUAGGUUGUACAGAGGGGUUGAAGAGCAAUGGUGGAAAGGGUGUGUGUGCUAGAGGCGUCUUUCCAGACUGUCCCCUGAACAAAUCAUUCUCCAAGAGCAGGGCAGUGUGGAUUUGAUUUCAUUCUCUCUCUCCUUUUGGCAUUUUAGAAUGGAUUAGUAUGGGGCGGGGUGAAUUAUCCCUAUCUGAGUGACCUUCAGAAAUAAUUAGGAUUAUUCUACCUAUCUUCAGUCUGGCAGCUUGCUAGCUAUGCCUUGUUCUGUGUCUUGAAACCCAAACAACUAAGGAUUUUCAGGAGCGAACCUCUGUGAACCCCAGUCUUAAGAAGACAACUUUAUGUGGCAUUUGUGGCUCCUACAGGCCCCCCUCAGACUCACAGUGCAUGGUUUGGAACUCACUUUUGCAUAAAUGAACCCAUCUCUCUUCUACCACUCCCAAAUGUUUUCCUGGGAAUUGAAGCACUUUUUUAAAAAUGAAAUUACUGUUCUGAGACCUUCCUUGCCAUAUAACCCCAUGGAGUAUCCUGCACAAGUUCCAGUUACAGAAGGGAAAAGAGGCACAGAGGAUGUUCAUCCUGGUUGUGCUAAUAAUCAUGGCUAAGAUCUCUUUUAAAGGGCCCUGAUGGGGGGGUAGCCUAUCCAUUGAGCGAGUGCUCUGCAGCAUUGCUUGGACUCAGGUGUCCCCUGCCUUAUUAGGAAGACUCGCCUUGGACCUUCCCAGAAGGAUUCAUACUUGCCAAAGCGCCAUACACUUCAGUCUUCCCCUUGUAUUGAUGCUAUUAAGAGCACCUGUAGAUCCUCUUCUAUCAAUAUAAAUCCUUGGGAAGAAACCUUGGUUGUGUGAAGGUUUUUGGCUGUUCUCCACCCUUGCCAAGAUCUGUCUUGGCAAGGUUGCUUCCUUAACCAUGUUCUCCCUAGAUGAUAAUCUGUACAGGCAUCUUCCCUUUCUAAGGAAAAUGGGGGAGCAGUGUGGUCCCCCCCUUCUUUUGAUCUGCUUCAGAUUCAGCUGUUGCUGCAUUGCAGUUGAGUCAGACUAUAAUUAUUUGAGUCUCUGACCUCAGAAUUGAUCAUGCUUUUUUCUAAAAUGGGUCCAAAAGGCAGAUUUAUCUUCUUGGGGUACGAUACAUCAAUAGCUAUUCCUGUACACAUCCAACUGAAUUUGAAUGGAACCAGGGCCAGCUUAUAGAAGUGGGCCUGAAGCCAAACAUAAUAGUUCUCCCUGAUGGUACAAGGUCCCUGCCUUAACUGAUUUGGGAUGGAUUCGUACUGGAGCCAUCCAGCCUCCCUUUGUCCAAGUGCAUCUGCGUGACAGGAGCAGCUAGCAACUCUGAUAGCUGCUCUGACCACGCACAGACCACCCCUUUCCAUCCCACAGGACAGUUUUCAAUGGAGCUGGGGUUCUCAAAGGGCCAGAGAGGAACGAAGGGGUCGCCCCUGCUUUUCUCUUUCUUGCUAUAAACAGCAGCUGAGAAAGGAGACCCUUGGAGCAGGUAACUCCGCGCAGGGUUGAGAAGGGAAACGUAUCUGUUGAUGCUCUUUGCUCUCAAGGUCACCAAGGAGUUUCUGAUAAGAUAAAGCCUUGCUUCCGGGGCUCCUCUAUGCAACCAGCUCAUGAAAAUCGGUAUCUGUCUGAAGGAAAAUUGACUUAAGAGUCAGCCCUAAAGCUAGAUGAAAUUAAGAGGAGGAGAGAUUUCCAAGUUGGUCAUCCAUAGGAAAUGUGAGCAAGGAUUUGAUUCGACUAGGAUAAAUCGUCGUACCAUGCCUGCAGAUGGCCAUCUGAAAUUGAAGGAUCACAGGUAGAUGUGUGGCUAUCCAUGAAUACCGCUUAGUGUGAGGAGCAGCUAGCAGCUCUGUGUUCUAAAAUGGCAGUUGGGAGCGGGAUGUACUGCAAACCAAAUGAGCGUUUGCGCUUCUGGAAUAAUUUAGUGCUUAAAAAACGAAGAUACUUGCUGCAUUGUACAAGUAUCAGCUCCACCACAUUCCUGAGAAAGCUGCUCUUUGGAUCUCUCCAACCAAACUCUCUAGAUCAGGAGGAUAUUGGUCUUGAAAGGUGCCGUGGUGGCUCCUCUCUCCUGCCCCCUGAAAGGUGGGGCUGAACAGCCCACCGUGAGGGUGUGAACGCAUAAAUAGGCCCAUCUGGGCAAGGCCUCGUUACUAGAAUGUCUAGAGGAGCUUAUAGGAAACUGUCUGAGAAGGGUGGUCUUUAGAGCAGCAUCCCCCACCCCCCAGCUUUAAAUGUUUGUGGUGAUGGGACAGAAUAGGGUAGCCUAGAGCCUAGAAUUGGAGCUGGGAGACAUCCUAAGGCUCUGGUUUCAUCAUAAUUAUUUUCUUUUCCUUUUCUUGGUUGUGCAAUAUUAUCUCAUUUUUAAAUUAUACUGCAUCUCCCUGGACUGUUUUCUAGCUGGGGUGAAUAAGUGACUCUAACAGCUGUUAGUUUUGUAAUUAUGACUUUCUCUUGGCCUUUUACAGACUUGCCAUUAACAGCAAUUAAAGGAGUUCUACAGAAAUGA